AUGUAUCGGUCAAUGAUCGUUUUUAUCGACGAUAUAUUGGUUUACUCCAAAACCAUAGAGCAGCACGAACAUCAUUUGAGGGAGGUACUGGAGAUUUUGAGGGCGGAGAAACUUUAUGCAAAGUUCUCCAUAUGUGAUUUCUGGCUACGGAAAGUGCAGUUUUUGGGGUAUGUCAUCAAUCAAAAAGGUAUUUCAGUUGAUCCAGCAAAGGUGGAGGUGGUGAUGCGAUGGGGGGUACCGAGAAACACCUCGGAAAUUCUUAGCUUUUUGGGUUUAGCGGGUUACUAUCGGAGAUUCAUCCAAGAUUUCUCCAAGAUUUCUAUGCCAUUGACACGUUUGACCAAGAAGAAUGUGACUUUUCAGUGGGAUGAGGGUCAGCAGAAGGCUUUUGAGACUCUGAGGCAGAGGUUAUGCGAGGCUCCAGUCCUCGUACUGCCUGAAGGAUUGGACGAUUUGGUGGUAUAUUGUGAUAGUUGCUAA